CUCGCACUCCCACACACCGAAAUCGCACAACGCGUACGAUACAUAUUUCGAAUACCACAAAGUCUAUCCAGGAGAUAUACCUGCCGAACAAUCGCGUUUGGCGCACCCUUUGGAGCUCCACCUCAGUUUCGCAGCCAGCACCUUUAAAUACGCUUUGGUCCCUGAGAUCAUAGCGAGGGGCAGGCAUUCGUCGAAACUCCGGUAGACUACCACCAACAUUUGGCACAUGAGCGGCUAUCUCUGGAAAUACUAUCUCGAAGAUGACGUCGACAAUUUCCGGAAUGUCGUCGCGUCCUCUACACAGUCGUCUCGCGCAGGCGCACAGAAGAGCCACGUUGGCUGGCAGAGUGGACCAACCGGCGCUGCGGUGAACAGCAGCCCAGGCAGUUACAAUGCUUCACCAAUGCUAGGCGCCAAAGGCCGCAGGACCGCCAUAGGCGCAGGCGUGACGCUGAGCCGCUCAGACAUCAACAGCCGCGACUCGGCAGGCCUCACGCUGUUACACCACGCAGCAUCCUCAACAUCUGAAAAUGCUGUUGAGUUUGCGCAGAUUUUGCUGGAGCACCAGUGGACGGACUUGUACACACAGGACGCAGAGAACGGAUGGACGCCCUUGCACCGAGCCUUCUAUUUCGGCAACAUCGCUAUCGCCCGUCUAAUUUUGAACCGCGACGCCCAGGACGUACUUGGUCAAGGCCAUGGCUUCAACCAGCAUGCGCGCGGCUUGGUCAAGAUCAAGGACAAAGAAGGUUAUGGUCCACUCGAUCUGUUCUCCAUGACGAUCAAAGACCGAACACUACGGCCAGAAGAAGCCCCCAUGUUCGACUCAGAUUCCGACGACGAGAUGGCCCAUGGCGAUAGCGGGAAUAUGGACGAUGAGCUGCAUCAACGUCUAAUAAUUCCCUCGACUCUCCUUGGCGGCGACGAGGUCUAUACCUUCGGCAGCAACAAGAACGUGACUCUUGGUUUCGGCGAUCAGGACGAUCGAGCAUUUCCGGAGCGCGUGGUCCUGCGAAGACCAGAUCACCUUCUUCGGCGAUUCUACAAGGAGGACCGAGAAAGACACAACCAGUUCUGGGCUGCAAUGGGAGUGCCUGUACAAGAUGCCGGGACACAAAUACCGAGAGGGACUGUUGAUCUUCCGACGCACAUCCGGAACACCCCAAUCGUGAUACAGGAUGUACAAAUGUCUAAGUUGCACACCGCUGUACUGACGACUGAUCCUGUCUCGAAUCUGUACAUGUGUGGACAUGGCACUGGAGGACGUUUAGGAAUCGGCAGUGAGACAACGAGUUACCAGUUCACCUGCGUAGAAGGUGGCGGUUUAAGCCAAAGGAAGAUCGCUGCAGUAGCCUUGGGGCAGAACCACACCCUUGCCGUUACGGACGAGGGUGAGAUCUUUUCAUGGGGCAACAAUGCCUUCGGUCAGUUAGGGUACAGCUUACCGAAGCCGUCUCUUAAGGACGAUGACCCGAUCUCGACACUACCCCUUCAGAUCUUCGGUCCCUUGAAGCGCGAGGCCAUUAUCGGCAUUGCAGCUUCGCGAAUCCACUCUGUUGUCCACAGCGCAACUUCCUUGUACACCUUCGGCAAGAACGAAGGUCAGCUGGGUAUUGUCGAUUCGGACGCGCGAUCAUUGGACAUGCAGGUAACUCCUCGCAAAAUUGCCGCAUCUCUGUUUUCAUCGCCCAUCGCUGCAGUAUCAGCAAUUGAUGGCGCCUCGAUAUGCAUGCUUGAGAAUCGAGAAGUCUGGGUCUUCGCCAAUUACGGCUACUCUAAGCUCAACUUUGCGCUCGAUGGUUUUACGAGCAACUUCCUCAAGGAAAGCUGGCUUACAACCAAGUACGACACCGCGCCGAACAGGAUCCAGAAGAUAACAUCAGGCGGCGACACGAUAUGUGCUUUGUCGACGUCUGGUGAAGUAUUUACUGUGGCUGUCAGUCGUCGGUCAGAUGGUGUGCAGGACACAAGCACAUCGACCACGAACCCCAAACAGAUUCGCAAAGCCCUGUCAGCACCAUAUCGCAUCUGGUCUUCCAAAAAGAGUCACAUGGCUGCCAGGGAUGUAGAUGUGGAUCAAGAUGGUUCCAUUAUCCUGACUACGGAGGCCGGUACUGUGUGGAGACGUACUAGGAGAGCGACCAUCAAGAGCGCGAACACCACGGCUGCUGCUGAUCUGAAACCUAAGGACUACAAGUUUCAGCGCGUGUCAGGCUUGACUCGCGUUGUCGCUGUCCGUGCAUCUGCAUAUGGUGCUUACGCUGCAGUGCGAAAGGACUGCGACGUCACACGCAAUCAGAUUGGUGUUGAUGAGCCUGGUCUUUGGGAAGAUCUGGCACCAUUGCUGUCCUUCUACGACUUGACAAACUACGAAGAGUCAUCUGACGACGAAGAGCCGGUACCCAGAUACUGGAACCGUCCUGGGCAAUCGCAAGCCCUCCACAAGCGUGUGCUAAAGUCGAAAGAUCUCGAGAAGGAGGUUGCAGAGGUCUUGGAACAAACCUCGAUGACCUCCGAGAACACAUACGAUAUGGUCAUUGGAAGCACGCUCUCGGAUGUUCGCCUUCCUGUACACGAAUUCGUCAUGUCUGGUCGUUCUCGUGUCUUCAGAGAUGCCAUGCUAGACUUCCGUCUGAAGGACUCUGAGCACGUUAUCCCUGAGCUGCUGACAAUCAGCAAAGAUGGCGACUCCACCCUUGUGAUGUUCCAGGGCCUGGACUUCUUGACUAUCUUUGACCUGGCGCUAUACGCAUACACUGAUUCAAUUGUCGACUUCUGGAACGUUACCCGACAUGCGCCCGCACUCGCCUUCCGCUACCGUUCUGUCCGAACAGAGCUUAUGAAGAUAGCAUCUCGAUUGGAACUGCGACAGCUCGAGCCCGCUGUACGACAGAUGGUCAACCCUCGACGCUCUUUGCACGUGGAUCUGGAGCUUGCCAUCAAGGAACCGUCUUUUUUCGAAAGUGGAGACGUCGUUGUCGACCUUGCUGACGGCGAGAUACUACUUCACUCUGACAUCGUCUGCCAGCGAUGCCCCUUCUUUGAGGGUUUGUUUAGGGGUCGUGCUGGAGGGCAAUGGCUGUCAGGAAGAAGAGAGGGCUCAGCACCGGUCCACAUCGAUCUGACGAAUGUUGAGACACACCUCUUUGAGCUCGUUGUUCGUCACCUUUACACCGACGCUGGCGAGGAGAUUUUCGACGACGUUACAAGCGAAGACCUCAAUGAUUUACUUGCACUAGACGAGCUUUUGGAUCACGUCAUGGAUGUUAUGUCCGUUGCAAACGAGCUGAUGCUCGACCGCCUGUCGCAGAUCUGUCAAAGACUGAUCGGUCGUUAUGUAAAUGCUCGUAACGUGUGCUCGCUGCUCACUGCUGUCGCACCCAGCUCUGUUGCGGAGUUCAAGGAUGCAGCUCUGGAGUAUGUCUGCCUCAGCUUGGAGGCAGUCAUGCAGAACGGGUCUUUGGACGAGCUCGACGACGAUCUGCUGAACGAACUGAACCAGGUCGCACGCGAGAAUCAGCUAGCGUAUCUUCCCUUCGCAAGAAGUGGAAGGGCUGAAGCUCUCCUCUUUGAGCAGUACCCCGAGCUUGCGGAAAGAAUCGAGCGAGGCAAGCGUGCCAAGAUCGACGCCAUCGUACUUUCCAAUAAGUAUGCCAGUGCUGAUACACCAUCAGCCUCUUUCAGAGCGCAAAGUCUGGAAGAAGUGUCGGCUUCGCCACUACGCCAACGCAACCGAAGACGGGCUUCCAACCAUGCAAAGAUCGAGGCCAAGAGUCCGGCCCUGACCCCACAGCUGAAGGGCAAAAGCUCCGCCGCUGACCUCAUGUUCGAGAUGUCCGAUGGCGAAGACGAGCAAGAUGGGUCAAUGGAAAAGAUCAAACCUCCACGUUUCACCGAAGGACCAGAUAAGCCCACUGACCAGCUGGUCGGCACACCCGAGUCACCAUGGCCUGCUGCGAUCAAGCAACGGCAAUCAACUCUUCAAGGCAACAUCGAAGAUGGCUUCAUAUCACCUAGCUCGUUGCCGCCAAGCGCGCUCUCAGGAGCGAGGACGCCGAGUCAGCCAUGGGGUGCAGCCCCUUUGGCCAGCGCAAAGCUCGAUCUCAAGGACAUCAUGGCGCAAACCUCGAGUGACCAGCCUUCUGGUUUGGCGCUCGGUUUAGCUCGAGAGGAACACGAACGUGCUCGUGCUGCUCAGCCUAAGAUGUCACAAAAGGAACGCAAGCGACUGCAGCAAGCCCAACAGCAAGGCAUCAAGAUUGAAGCUGCGCAGCCGGCACCGCCAGCCGUAUCCCCAUGGCAGGCUGCAUCAUACAGGAAGCCAAGUGCCAAUCAGAUCUUGGCUCCUUCUGCAGCCACAUCUCCCCUGCAACAACCUUCACCACAACCGUCGUCACAGCCAUCUCGAGUUCAAAGCACACCGCAACUCACCAUGCGCCAGACCAUCGCCAGAGGCAAAGACAAGGGGAAAGGUAAAGACAAAGAGCACAACACCCAAGACGCAUCGUCACCCUCACGACCCGCUGCCUCUGAACGCGGUAUGUCUGUCUCGAACACACCAAUCCCGGUACCUAUGUCCGUUCGGCACAUCCCUCUCCCGUCCCACUCACCCACCUCACCAAGCCAACAUCUCAGCAUGAUGGAGAUCCUCUCCCUUCAGGAGGCUGAGAAGACAUCGAUACGCGACGCAGCUGCAAAGCGCAGCCUUGAAGAGAUUCAGCAAGAGCAGGAGUUCCAGCAGUGGUGGGAGGCGGAGAGUAAGCGUGCGAUACAGGAAGAAGAGCAGGCAAAGAGGGCUGCUGAGCGCGCUGCCAAGGCUGCCGGUAGGGAACGAGGGAAAGGCCAUGGUGGUAGAGGUGCAAAUGCUAGCGCGGAUGGCAAAGCGUCUAAAGGCAGAGAAAACAAGAAGGAGAAGAAAGUAGGCAAUGCAGUGGAUGGACAGCGCAAGGAGAGGUCAACACCAAAACCUCGUGUACCGAGGGCGCAGGCUGUUGACGCACAAAGAGCUGGGGCGCAAGCACCGAAUCCUCAGGCACCUGCAUUCGUGCCACCGUCGGGGCCGAAGGUAGACAGUGCUACCAACGGUGGCCGCGGAAGAGGUCGCGGCGGGCAUCGAGGUGGACGAGGUGGUACUGCAAGAGGCGCGAGACCACCGGGUCCGCCUCGUGAUGUGCAGAGUGCGCCUGCUGCGCCUGCACCGCAAGCAUUGUAGUUGUAUGAGUUGUAUAUGCUCUUGCACUAUAGCGUAACGUUAUGCGCAUACCAUUGAUACCCAAUGAUACUCUCUUGUGAACAUCGUGGAGUCUUCCCGUUUAUUGGAUGUUUCGGUAAACGACUGAGGCCAAUCCUUGCGUCACACCAAUGGCACUGAAGUAUACACAUCGCGACCGCGACAAGUUAAGCCAUCCGGGAACGUGGUGACGGAUGAUGAUGGGUUUACUGUUUAUCAACAUCGCGAGGCGAAUACUCCAAAUUGUAAAUUGGGCCGCGAUAGUUGUUCAACAAACAAAUCUGAGCACCAUAUACGUUACCAUCUAUAGGGCACCUGGCGUUUGAAUCCUAUCCUCUUUGGAUGAACGUUGUUGUUCAUGGCAUAUAAAAGAUUAACACAAGCUAUCG